UGAAGAAGAAAAAGUGGAAAAGCCGUGAGAACUCCGUUCGGUUUCGGAAUCAAAGAAAAAGAAAGAAGAAGAGAAAAAGAAAAAAAAUAGAAAUAAUAAUAACAAUAAUAAUUAAAAGAGCGUAAAGGAAAAAACGUAAAAGAGAAAAAAAGACUCUGUAGAACAAAUGUUCCACGAACGGGGUUGCGAUCGAUAAAGAGGAGGAAGUUCAUCGACUGCGUCGUCGCGAGAAACGGUCGAUGACGGCAGGACGAUUGCGUUGUAUAGACAGAGGGCAGUAACAGCGAAGAGCAGAGAGACAUCGCCCUGGAUAACAGUAGAAUCAUGCGCGCUGCUGUGGCCUUGUCUCUCUGCUCAAGCUCUGCUCUCGGUAAUAUUUUGUGAAGAAGAAAAAGUGGAAAAACCGCGAUAACUCCGCUCGGUUUCGGAAUCAAACCAAAAAAAAAAGAAAAAGAAGAAAACAAAAAGAAAAAAUUAAUAAUAAUAAUAAUAAUAAUAACAAUAAUAAUUAAGAAAACGAAAAGGAAAAAAGCUAAAAGUGAGAAAAAAAAUUCUCUAGAACAAAUGUUCCAAGAAAGGGGUUGCGAUCGGUAAAGAGGAAGAAAUUCAUCGAUUGUGUCGUCGCGAUAAACGGUCGAUGACGGCAGAACAAUCGGGUUGGAUAAAGAGAGGGCAGUAGCAGCGAAGAGCAGAGAGCAUCGUCCUGGAUAACGGUAGAAUUAUGCGCACUACUAUCGUCUUGUCUCUCUGCUCAGGCUCUGCUCUCGAUAAUACUUUGUGAAGAAGAAAAAGUGCAAAAACCGAGAGAACUUCGUUCGGUUUUGGAAUCAAACAGAAAAAAAAAGAAGAAAAAAAGUAAUAAUAAUAAUAAUAAUAAUAACAAUAAUAAUUAAGAGAGUGUAAAGGAAAAAAGGUAAGAAAAAAAAAAAUUCCCUAGAACGAAUGUUCCAAAAAAGGAGUUGCGAUCGGUAAAGAGGAAGAAGUUCAUCGAUUGCGUCGUCGCAAGAAACGAUCGAUGACGGCAGAACGAUCGCGUUGCACGGACAGAGGGCAGUAGCAUCGAAGAGCAGAGAGCAUCGUCCUGGAUAACGGUAGAAUCAUGCGCGCUGCUAUCGUCUGGUCUCUCUGCUCAGGCUCUGCUCUCGGUAAUAUAUUGUGAAGAAGAAAGAGUGUAAAAACCGUGAAAACUUCGUACGGUUUCGAAGUCAAACAAAAAAAAAAAAAAGAAAAAGAAGAAAACAAAAAGAAAAAAAUUAAUUAUAAUAACAGUAAUAAUUAAGAGAACGUAAAGGAAAAAAGGUAAAAAAGAAAAAAAAAAGAAAGAAAAAAAGUCCCUAGAACGAAUGUUCCACGAAAGGGGUUGCGAUCGGUAAAGAGGAGGAAGUUCAUCGAUUGCGUCGUCGCAAGAAACGAUCGAUGACGACAGAACGAUCGCGUUGCACGGACAGAGGGCAGUAGCAUCAAAGAGCAGAGAGCAUCGUCCUGGAUAACGGUAGAAUCAUGCGCGCUGCUAUCGUCUUGUCUCUCUGCUCAGGCUCUGCUCUCGGUAAUAUCUUGUGAAGAAGAAAGAGUGUAAAAACCGUGAGAACUUCGUACGGUUUUGGAAUCAAACAAAAAAAGAAAAGAAAAAGAAGAAGACAAAAAAGAAAAAAAAUUGAUAAUAAUAAUAAUAAUAAUAACAAUAAUAAUUAAGAGAGUGUGAAGGAAAAAAGGUAAAAGAAAGAAAAAAAAUUCCCUAGGACAAAUGUUCCAAGAAAGGGGUUGCGAUCGGUAAAGAGGAAGAAGUUCAUCGAUUGCGUCGUCGCGAGAAACGGUGGAUGACGGCAGGACGAUCGCGUUGCAUAGACAGAGGGCCGUAGCAGCGAAGAGCAGAGAGACAUCGCCCUAGAUAACGGUAGAAUCAUGCGCGCUGCUGUCGCCUUGUCUCUCUGCUCAGGCUCUGCUCUCGGUAAUAUUUUGUGAAGAAGGAAAAGUGGAAAAGCCGCGAGAACUUCGUUCGGUUUCGGAAUCAAACAAAAAGAAGAAGAAGAAGAAAGCAAGAAGAAAAAAGUUAACAAUAAUAAUAACAAUAAUAAUUAAGAGAGCAUAAGAAGGAAGAGGAACUUAAGUCCACCGAGAGAGAGAGAGCAAGAGCGAGAGCGAGAGAGAGAGAGAAGACUUCCAGCUCAUAGUGCGCGUGUGUUUUGUGCUUGCGUGUGGGUGUAGGUGCGUUCGUGUGCGUGCGUGUAGGUGUAGGUGCGUUCGCGUGCGUGCUUGUGGGUGUAGGUGCGUUCGCGUGCGUGCGUGCGUUCGUUCGUGCGUGCGUGCGUGCGUGUGUCCCUGUUCGUUCUCGGUGGUGACGAGAACAAGGUGGAGCACGACGAGGACGGCGGUGGGCAAGGUGGAGCGUGAAAAAAGGAAGACGGAAAAGAACCUAGGAAUAAACGUGACAGUAAAAGUGACUAAGAGGAAAAAUAAUAGAAGCAUAAUAGCUGCCGUCAACGGUGGAUCCCUCCCCCCUUACAAGCUUUUCACGAGUUUCACGCGCCCCCUGACACCUUCGGUCUUCCUUCUCUCUCUCGUUUUUUUCCCUCCUUUCGGUUUUGCCUUCCGCUCUCUUUCUCUCCUCUCUCAGUUACCGACCGUACCGCGACCCUCGAUGACCCUGCAACCGUGCGCCAAGGAAUCGAACGGCGAGCCAGAAAACAACUAAUCGCGCUGCGAUAUCCUUCGUAAAUCGGGAUACGAGUGGUGUAGAGUAAGGCGCACUGGGGGAGAAAGAGGGAGAUAAGAAGAACGAGGAGAUAGAGAGGAAAAAAGAAAGAAAGAAAGAAAGGAAGAAAGAAAAAGACAGAAAGAGAGAGAGAGAGACAUAGAAGAAGAGGAAACGAGUGAGAGGUACGGCUAGAGCCAGAGAGAAGGAUAGAAAGAGAAAGAGGGAGAUCGAGUGUGCGCGCGCGCCUAAAGGAGAGGGAGAGAGAAAGAGAGAGAUAGUUAGAUACAUAGAGAGAGAGAGAGAGAGAGAGAAGAAAAGUGAAGAGGAGAGGAGAGGAGAGAGAGAGACUGAGUGAAGAGAGGGAGGGAGGGAGGAGUAAGAAAGAGUCGUUGGACUCUCCUCCAUUAGCCAAAGAACGGAUACGUCGUUGGAAGCGGAAUCUAGGAGCGUCUCCGAAACGGCGUACACGAGAUCCUCUUCGCCAUAUUACUAUAUAUAGAAAGAGAGAAACGUGGCGGAUUCAGCGAUCACUUGGCUGUGACUACGUGCACAGAUACAUAGAUAGAGCAAGGAAAUGCGUGAAUAUAAAAUAGUAGUAUUGGGCAGUGGAGGUGUAGGCAAGUCCGCCCUCACUGUCCAAUUUGUCCAAGGAAUUUUUGUUGAGAAGUACGAUCCUACGAUCGAGGAUAGCUACCGUAAGCAAGUCGAGGUCGACGGUCAACAAUGUAUGUUAGAAAUUCUAGACACAGCUGGAACGGAACAAUUUACAGCCAUGAGGGAUUUGUACAUGAAAAACGGACAAGGGUUCGUUUUAGUAUACUCGAUAACGGCACAGUCAACGUUCAACGAUUUGCAAGAUCUGAGGGAGCAGAUCCUGCGAGUAAAGGACACAGAUGAUGUGCCAAUGGUGCUUGUGGGUAAUAAAUGUGAUUUGGAGGAUGAAAGAGUAGUUGGCAAAGACCAGGGCGUCAACCUUGCCCGGCAAUUUAAUUGUGCGUUCAUGGAGACCUCUGCCAAAGCCAAGAUUAAUGUGAACGAUAUCUUCUACGAUUUAGUUCGACAAAUCAAUAAAAAGUCACCAGAAAAGAAGAUGAAGCAAAAGAAGAAAUCGCUGUGCCUACUUCUGUAAGAUUUUUAUAUGGCAGUGUCCAUAUUUCUUCUGCAUUGAAAUAUACCAGUGGAAGAUGAAAGAGGAACUGGCGGUUAUAAAAAUAUUAGUGACAAGAAGGGGGCUGAUAAGAUGAUAAAAUAAUAGCAGAGAAACUAAAUAAAAGGAGAUAUGAUGAUUUGGGUAGUUGUAAAACGAGAAAAGACAAAGACGCUAUGCUACGUAAGGGAAGAGCGCUGGGGAGAGGAAUGUAACAAGGAGGAGAAUAUGGAGUAUGAAUGUGUGGGUGCAUCUUUUGUAUGUAUGUGCGAGAAAAAGAAAGAGAGAAAGAGAGAACGCGAGAGAGAGAAAGUGAGAGAGUGAGAGAGAGAGAGAGAGGGAGAGAGGGAGAAAGAGAGAUGCGUAGAGUGAGAGAAGAAUGAAAGAAAGAUUGAAAGAAAGAGAGAAUGAGCAAGAGAGAGGGAAAGAGAGAGAGAGAGAGAGAGAGAGAGAAAGAGAGAGAAAGAAUGAAGCGUGAGAGAGACAAACCAACGGGAAAUAUUGUAUAUAUGUUGGAUCCCGGGUUGGCUCGUGUGCACGCGCAACAAUAGCGCACAAAAUAGUACGAGAGACCCCCGUGGUAUUGGUUAUUAUCAUUGUAGGAGUUUUGCAUUAAAAGAAAAUAAAUGAAUAAAUGAAUAAAAAAAAAAAAUAAUACAAAAUAACAAAAAAACAA